AUGAUUGGGGUCAUUUUGAUUCAACGUAGCGAAGGUGGUGGCGUAGGUAUGGGCAGUGCAGGUGGUUUGAUGGGUGCACGAGGCGCGUCAGAUUUCCUAACACGCACAACUGCAAUUUUAGCGACACUUUUCUUUGUGACCAGUAUUACUUUGGCGCUGCUUGCAAAAGGAGCUUCGGUAAAAGAACGGUCUAUCUUGGCUUUAGAAGAUAAUGAAGCUGUGGGUGAAACAUCAGCCUUAGUGCAAUCUCCAGCAGAAGACUCUGUUGUAAGUAAAGAAAGCACAAAAGAGGAAGAGGCAGAGGAAGCAUCAGUAGAAGGGCAAAAAACAGCCCCUGUAAACGUUGGUGAAGGAACAGAGGCUCCAACUGCUGCUGAGCCUGUAAUUGAAGCACCUGUUGCUUCUGAUGAAUAA